AUGCCUUGUCAGAGGAAGUCAAUUACUAUUUCAGCUCAGUCUGCGUUCAAGCGGGAGCCCAUAAGCGCAUCAGAGAUAUUCACAAACGUAAACUCUCAAGGUCUUCAAAUACCUCAAGAUGCACCAAGAUUAACAUAUCAGAGUCUCGCCAGCUCCACCAGCUUCCGCUUGCUUCAGAUCCUAUCAGAUGGGGGACAAGAUAUUCUGCGUUGCAGGAUGUUUAAUGCAGAUCUUGCUGCGCAAGAGACCCCACAAUAUAUCACCUUAUCCUAUACAUGGCACGAGAAAAGUCUGCCCAAGACCUUCCGGCCUAACUUCCUUCAGAAUUACCGCAAAACAACUAGGGAGCGUAUCAUCUGGAUAGAUCAGAUAUGUAUUAACCAAGACGACAAGGAUGAGUGCGUUCAGCAAAUAGGGCAGAUGUGUGAGAUCUACCAACGUGCUUCCAUGGAUCUCUUUUGGAUUGGCGAGCCGGAUGAGAAUACAGAGGCAGUAAUGGACUUACUGGUAUCUUUAGAUCGUCUGGAAACCUCUCUCUUGGCAUCUGGACUUCCCCGCCCUGGCAUCAACGCGCUGCUUAACCCUAUAUACAUGAGGAGUGUCGGCCUACCAGAGUAUCACGCCCCAAUAUGGGCCUCUCUCAUGCAGUUCAUCUCACGAGCAGCGUUUCAGCGUGCUUGGAUCAUCCAAGAAGUUGCAGUCUCUCAGAACCCGGCUUUAUUCUGCAGAUUGGCCGCGACAUUCCUUGCUGAGAUCUCUGGUGCAGCGGGCUUCAUUACAGGCAUGAUGAACUGUCAUGCACGGCACCAGCAAGGAGAGUAUCAGAGCUUAGAUCUCUUGCUGGCAUCGACGCGACGUUUCAAAGCUACGAAGCCAGUCGACAAGAUAUUUGCCUUGAUAAAUCUGGCAGAGAGCGGGAGAAGAGAAGCGCUACCGCCGUCACUUAGGCCGGAUUAUAGAAAGUCUGUUGUUGAGGUCUUUCGAGAUGUUACUCUUCACCUUAUCAGCCAAGGCUCACUAGAUACCCUUUCUGGUAUCGAAGAUGUCAGAUUUCGUCAUUUACAUCAGCUUUCUAGUUGGGUUCCAGACUACAGCGUGCAUCAGGUCGCUUCUAUUCUUUGCAUGCCACCGCGGCCUGGGUCCUUGACCUUAUAUGCAGCUGCAGUAGGACGAGAUGUCCGUCUACAGUACUCACCUGCGGAUCCAGAUAUCCUGAAAUUGUCAGCAUACAAAGUUGACAAGAUAUCGAAGAUAUGUCCCAUGGCAGAACAAACGAUUCAGCUAACACUUGAGAAUUGGGCGAACAUGAUCGACUUUAGUGCGCCCUACCCGAGCAUUAAUGGCGAGGCUGGUUCUAUGAUUGACGCCUUUUGGCGCACGCUGAUCGGAAAUAUCGACUGGACUCAUAAGUUCGCCGCGUUUGCAUUGCAAGCUCGGGAAGAACUCCGGGAUGCAGACAUCGUGAGCCCGGGGGGGUUGAAUCAGGAUGGUGAGCUCUAUGAAUGUACUAUGCACCAUGUUUCUUGGUAUCGAAGAUUGUUUGUUACAAAUGGGGGAUAUAUAGGCCUUGCACCUCCAUCUGCCCAACUCGGCGAUGAAGUCGUUCUUCUUUCUGGCGGGCGUGUACCUUUUGUAGUCCGGAAGAGAAAUUUAAACAUCCAAGAGUGUUAUUCUAUCGUGGGGGAGGCUUAUGUGCAUGGAAUCAUGGAUGGGGAACUCUAGGUACUGCAGAUGGGGAGUGGGUAGACUUGCGCUUUAUUUAAAAGAGAGUCUUUUAUACAC